AUGAAGCUACGUCCAGGCCCAACCCUGGCUUUUGCUUACGUUGCGUACACAACUACAUCAAAGCUGAGUCCUACUAUUGGUUCCCGUGGCCGGAAAGAGGAUCCAUUGGACUGUCGAGCCAGGAUGGCAGUCAAGUUUGAUGUUAAACCAGGGGUUGCGGACAUCAACGACUAUGAAGAUGCUUACGUUGACUGCACUGUCUGGCUUCGCCGCCUCGUCAUGUCUUCCAGCUCAUCUACAUCGCCACCGCACAUAAAUUCAACCCCUUCGCACGAAACACCAAGGCAUCCAACGCUUCUGUUGAGUCAACCGCAUAGCCUGGCUAGCCAAUGGAGCAACUUGUGUCCUCCCGCGCCCGUUCUCACCGAGAAGAACCUACCGGACCAGAGCAACAAGGUCUUCAUUGUCACCGGUAGCUCGGGAGGCUUGGGAAAGGAGCUCAUAAGCAUCCUGUACGAGAGGAAUGCCAAGGUCUAUGUCGCCGCGAGGUCCGAGACCAAGGCCAUGGCCGCCAUCCACGAGGUUGAGAGGUCCUUGCCCGGCUCGACCGGCCAGCUUCUAUUCCUUCACCUGGAUCUCAGUGACCUCAGUACCAUCGAGAAGUCUGCGCAGACCUUCCUCGAAAGAGAGAGCCGGCUGGACGUCCUCUGGAACAACGCGGGUGUCAUGAUGCCCGCACAAGGAUCCGUGACCACUCAGGGCUACGAGCUACAGAUGGGAGUCAACGCCCUCGGGAGCUUCCUCUUCACCAAGUUCUUGCACCCCACACUAGCUGCAACGGCGCGCACGGCACCCAGGAACUCGGUGCGGGUGGUCUGGGUUUCUUCGAGCGCCGCUGUCAUGGCGCCGAGCCCGGCCAUUGACUUUGACAACAUGGACUACAAGAAAGACGAGAGUGCACUGAACAAGUACAUGCGGAGCAAGGCUGCCGUGGUAGUACACAGCAGCGAGUUUGCCCGGAGGACAGCAGGCGAGGGUAUCCUCAGCAUAAGCCUUGACCCCGGGUCAUUCAUGACUGAUCUCCAACGGACGACACCUACGGCGAUGAAGCUGCUUUUGAGACUGAUUUCACGACCGCCCAAAUACGGUGCAUACACGCAGCUUUUCGCGGGUCUGAGCUCGGAGAUCACAGAGGAGAACAAUGGAGGCUGGGUUGCGCCAUUCGGCCGUCUUGUUGAAGGCCGGCCCGAUCUACAGGAAGAGUCUUUGGGCAGCAAGUUCUGGGAGUGGACUGAGGAGCAAGUGCGACCCUUUCUUUGA